AUGUCUACUGUUAACGUUUUCAGAUAUUCAGCUUUAGCUGCAGGUGUUUUAUACGGUGCUUACCAUACAUAUUCAUUAGAAUCAACAGCUAAAAAAGCUGAAGCUCAAAGACUUUUCGCUAAAAAAGAAGCUUUAAUUCUUGAAGCUAAAGCCAAAUUUGCUGAAUUAAAUGCCCCAAAGAAAGUUGAAACUCCAAAAACUCAAUCAAAAGAAAUUAACUUAGAUGAUGAUAAAUUAGAUUUUGCUCAAGUUAUUAUUUCAGCUGUUGAAUCUUUAGAAACUGCUAAAAAUUAA